UGUUUACGAUGAACUGCCCUAUUUUAGGAACAUCUCGCCGCCAUACGUUUUCCUUCCUGAUAGGAAGAAACACACUAAGAUGGCAGUCACACUAGGAUUUUGACAUCCAUUUUGUUUACAAAGAUGAAGUCACAAUCCCUGGCAAUAAAGACUACGCUGUUUUGCAUGGUGUCUAUAAGUUUGACAGAUGCAAGUUGGAUGUGGUUUUGUGAAACAGAUGAUCCCUGUCAUGCUGCAAACACGACAGCACCUUACCAACCAGAACUACGAGCCAAAAACUGUCCUUUUAAUAACAAUCCCUAUUGUGAUCGCUUCAUAACUCCAGGCUGGUACAGAUUUAAGAAUGACAUGUUGAAUCACCCCCCAGGCUUGUUUAGUUGUGGAGCAGUGUACCCUUCUUGGCUUAAUGGAACUCUUCCAACUAGGCAGAACGAAGAAGUGGAAAGAAGCGUUUGCAAAGUUGGUUUUAAUAACACAUGUCUUAAAAGAGUCACCAUCAGAAUAAAGCACUGUUGUUCAUUCAAUGCGUACUGUCUUCCCUCUUUAGGUGCCUGCUCCGAAAGAUAUUGCUUUGGUGAAGAAGAUUCUUCUUGUGAGCAGAUCAUUCCAUUCUGGAUGGUAACUGAAAAUGAAAGAAAAUUAAGUACUACUCCACCGAGAAAACCAUCAUCCGGAGAGAACAACAAACUUUUAUCUGAGUUUUGUUCAUCAGAUCCGUGUAAAACUAACAACCUGCCAAAAUUUCCAUAUGCAGAGAAUAGAGGAGUAAAUUGCACAUAUAAACACUUGAUGCAACCAUGUGACCGGACUUUACUCCCAGGGUGGUAUAAGGCAGAUGUUGGAGAAUCAAAACUCCUGAACAAAUGUCCAGGUGUUCUUUCUUGCGGUGCAAUAUACCCUGUUUGGAUGGAAGGAAUACAUCCUCGUGUAAAUGAAGGUAUUGUGAAAAGAAAAAUUUGCAUUGCUGGGCCUGAAUUAGGAUUCUCUAAGUCCUGCUGCCAGGAAAAUGAUUACAUAUAUGUGAGAAACUGUGGACGUCACAUUGCGUAUUGCCUGAAACCUUUGAAUAAAUGUGAAGAACGAUAUUGCCUUGAUAACAAUGCACCAUGUACUGAUCAUGCUACAGGUGAUAAGUCUAAUGAGUCUUUCUUACUAUAUGACAGCCAAUCUCAGCUAUCUGUUAUCGUCACUGCCCUGGUAAUGAUAACACUUCUAGUGAGUGCAUCAGCACUCAUAAUCGUUGCUUUCAAGAAAAGACAAAAUGUCCGACGGCCUUGGCAGAAAGAGGAUAUUUAUAUUCAAUCAAAGAAACUGGUUAAUUUAAUUGACAACUACGAGUCACCGGAAAAUCGAUACACAUAUUUGAAGAUUCCAGAGCAUGUUGUCUCCAAAGAAGAGAGGCAAUCUGAUUUCAACGUCUACUGUAUGAUAAAUGAUGUGCAGUAACUAUAAUUAACUUCAAAUUAUGAAGACGGUAUGUUAAAAGAAUUUGAAGGUUCUAACUUACAGUUAAAGGGAGCCGGCUAGAGAUUAAUUGUGUGAAAACUGUAUUGGAGAAGAUUGUAAUUACUUACGUUAACUUCAGUGUACAUGCAAUGUUUAGUGAUAACUUGUAUAUACAAUCUGGGUAGUUUUAGGGUACAGUUACUUAAGGAUUUUAUGGGAAAUAACUUUUUUGCACUUUGAAGAAAAUAAGAACAAAUCUACAAUAGACGUUUUUGCUUAACUUAUAAGAUGUAAUGAGUAAUUACCGUAUUUAAUAUAUUAUACAAGAAAGACAGAAAUCAAUCGUCUGUUUUACACAGGAGGUAUCUCAAAAUGUCAAUUUUGAGGAAAUUUACCUUUCUUACGAAAUUGUACAAAAUGACAGAAACUAAAGAUUUUUAAUGAAAAAAAAAACUCACGUUCAUUAAAUUUCAAGAGCAUAUAUACAUAUUUAAUUUUAUUACUUUUUAAUGUUCCACUCUUAAUUAGAGAACUUAAGUUAAUUAUUACGGUACGAACUCACUGUUACAUUGUCUAUCUAAAUGUACCUAUCAGUUGAAAUGUUUUUUUUUUGGAAAAAAAAAUCCAGAGAUACCUGUAAUUCACAGGCACUUGUUAAAAUAAUAUGUUAACUAUGCAAUGUUAUAAUAACACAAUGUAUCCAACUACGAAUAACAUGGGGUACGCCCUUCACAGAAACAUACUCGUUUACAUUUCAUUGAAAAACUGUUUAUUACAUGUACCAUUGUAUUUUACUAUAAUAUAUCUUUACAACCAUAUAUAACAUUCUUGCCUUUAUUUUAUUUCAUCUCUAAAUUACACCAUUAAAUGGUAUGUGCUGAUCCUGGUCAGAGAUUUUGAUUGGCUAAAGAAUCUGUUUAUUAAUUUUUAUCAUAAAAAAUUUCAUACUCAAAGUCGUAAACAAAUUUCAUUUUUUCAAUAAAGUAUUUAAACACUGAAAUAAUUUUUUUUUACAUGUAAACCAACUCAUUUUUGUUUUAAAUUUUGCUCUCCGCCCGGGAAUGGCACAUGUCAUUUCAUGGUGUAAUUUUUUGCCACUUGACGAGUUUCGAUACUCUUUACAACGAUAAAAGAAAUAAUGAGCAACGGAAAUAAAAGGUAAUAAACAAUUUGUACAGCUUUCCCUCUGAAAGUGAAAAUGUGAGCGUUUCCUAAGGAUAGGGGCACUCUGUUGAUUCGGAGUUGAAUAUC